AUGAGCUUUCCUCCGCUGGGACCUUCCCCCAUGAUGCGGCCUCACCUUCAGCCCAGACCAAUGGACACCUGGGAAGUGUUUGCUACUGAAGAGGGAGAAGUUUGUGGGGACCACAGCCACGAGGAGGAGCGGCGCGGCGGGGAGCUGGGGGAUUUGGCGCGUGGGCGUACCUUGCGGGCGGUUGGGGCAGGGGGCGCAGUGCACCCCGGCCUCCGGGCUCGUGCCCCCCCCAUGUCCCCGCCCCACAGCCCAGACAGCAGGUCGCGGCCCAACGGCCCCAGCCAGUCCCCGCUCAGAGCCGAGGAACCAGACCAUGUUCCGCCUGAUGGUGCUGCUUGCUGGGCUCGGUGGCUUGUUCACGUCAACAUCCAUUCUAUUAAGAAUGUCAUUGGUAAUUUGAUGGGGAUUUCAUUGAAUGUGUACAUUGCUUUUGGCAGUUCUCAAAAUCCAUUUUUGCAAAUCAUACUUCCAAAGAAAAUCCAAGGAGAGAAAAGUGAUAAUUCAGAGGAACAGGUAUCUUACAUCAUUCCAAUAGAUGAGAAACCGUAUACUGUGCACCUUAAAAAAAGAUAUUUUUUGGCAGAUAAUUUUAUGGUCUAUUUGCAUAAUAAAGGAUCUGUGAGUUCUCAUUCUUCAGAUAUUUUGACUCAAUGCUACUAUCAAGGAUAUAUUGAAGGAUAUCCAAAUUCUAUUGUCACACUCAACACAUGCUUUGGACUGAGAGGAAUACUGCAAUUUGAAAAUGUUUCCUUUGCAAUUGAGCCUUUGGAAUCUGCCAUGGACUUUCAGCAUGUUCUUUAUAAAUUAGGGGAUGGAAACAAUGAACUUCGAGUUUUUAACAAAAAUGACAGAAGCACAGAAAAACAGCCAGUGGUCUAUAACAUUGUUACAGGUGAAAAAGAAUCAGAAUUACUUCUUCUGGACUUACCUUCUCUUUAUCUAGAGAUUCAUAUUGUGCUGGAUAAAGCUUUGUAUGAUUACUUGGGCUCUGAUAGCACGAUAGUAACAAAUAAAAUCUUUGAAAUUAUCAGCCUUGUAAAUUCGGCAUUUACUCAAUUGAAAGUUACUAUUGUGCUGACAUCAUUGGAGUUGUGGUCAGAUAAAAAUAAGAUUUCUACAGUUGGCAAAGCAGAUGAAUUAUUGCGUAGAUUUUUAGAAUGGAUGCGGUCUUAUCUUACCUUAAGGCCUCAUGAUGCUGCAUAUCUAUUCAUCUAUAGAGAUUAUUCAAGUUAUGUGGGAGCAACAUUUCCUGGAAAGAUGUGUGUUACUCCUUAUUCUGCGGGAAUUAUACUGUAUCCCAAGGGCAUAACUUUGGAUGCGUUUUCAGUUAUUUUUGCCCAAAUGCUGGGACUCAGUCUGGGAAUAUCAUAUGAUGAUCCAAAGAAAUGUCAGUGUUCAGAAGCCAUCUGUGCAAUGAAUUUAGAAGCUAUGCAAACCACUGGUGUGAAGAGUUUUAGCAAUUGCAGUAUAAGGGCUUUCAAAAAUUUCAUUGAAAGUAUGGGUGCCAAAUGUCUUCAGAAUAAACCUCUAAUGCAAUUAAAUCCAAGACCAGUUUGUGGCGAUGGCAAAGUGGAGGGAAAUGAAGCCUGCGAUUGUGGUACUGAAGAACAAUGUGGUCCUGCUAGCUGCUGUGAUCCUGCAAACUGUAUUCUGAAACAAGGAUCGCAAUGUGACACAGGACCAUGCUGCAGUAACUGUCAAUUGUCAGCAGCAGGUACUACAUGCAGACCUGUAGUACACCCUGAAUGUGAUAUAGCUGAGGUUUGCAAUGGAAGUUCACCAAGUUGUCCACAAGACAUAUUUGUACAAAAUGGACAUACUUGCAAACAAAAUAAGUUUUUUUGUUAUGAAGGAGACUGUCAUGAUCUGGAUGCAAAGUGUGAAGUCUGGUUUGGAAAAGGUUCAAAAAAUGCUCCAUUUGCGUGUUAUGAAGAAAUACAAGGUCAAACAGAUAGGUUUGGGAACUGUGGUCUUCAAAACCGAAAAUUUAAGUUCUGUGGAUGGAGGAAUCUCAUAUGUGGAAGAUUAAUUUGUACUUAUCCUUUUCGCACUCCUUACCAUCGAGACAAUGCUUCUGUGAUUUAUGCUUUUGUACGACAGAGUGUAUGUAUAUCUGUGGACACUGGUGAUACAGCAAAAGACCCAUUUGAAGUCAGAAGUGGUGCUCAUUGUGAUACUGAGAGGAUUUGUGUAAACCGUGUAUGCGUGGAAUCAAGAAUGAUUAAGGAAAGUGCAAAGACUUGUGCACAACGGUGCUCUGGACAUGGAGUGUGCAAUUCCCAAGGUGUGUGCAACUGUUCUGAUGGUUACCUGCCUCCAGAUUGCCAAACAAGUGCCAGAAGUGCUUUUGUGACUGUAAAAUCAGGCAAAAGAAAUGAAAUAGAAGACAAAAUUUUAUUCCAAAGGAGUUCAGUCAUGGAGAAAGCUUCUGGGAAUACUAUGAAGAACUGGCUUCUAGGUUUCUACAUUGGUUCACCUAUUCUCAUCAUAGUAAGCAUAAUAGUUGUGGUGUGGAAGGGAGUGAAAAAGUGGUUUUCCAAAGAAGAGGAAUUCCUAAGUAGUGAAUUCAAAUCAGGAGGAAGCACUCAUACAUACCUCAGUAGGAAUACCUGUCCCAUACCCAAUAGCAAAGAUGGGGAACCCAAUAAUCCCAUGCAGACUGCCAUGAGAGUGCAAAUGUGGUUCAGCAGGCAGGAGAUGGAACAUUCUAAUGCUGCCACCAUAUCCAAACUGGGAUUUCAAGUCACUGAUCAAGACUUAGACAUGCAAAGGGAAGCAGUCCUCCAGCACACCAAAGGUACAUUGAGUGAUACUCAGGUCUCCUUUCUCCUUCUCUCAGAGGAUCUCACCAUGGAUCCUGCAUCCCCUGCUUUUCCACAGCUGUACAGCACUGAAUCUGCCAUCUAUUCCAGCCCCUCACCCAACACAUCUGCAGGAUUUAUUUCUCUGAGAGUUACCCCUAUGGACACUACACCCCCUUCACUGCCUCUCCUUUAG